CGUCAUCACACGCUAUGAUAGACAGCACCACCCAGCUCAUCUCUCAUUUCUUUCCGGGUGCUGUAAUCACACAGUGCGAUUUUGAUACUGAUCAACUAAGUACAUGACCGCAGCUUUGGAAAGAUGGUCUUUCCAUACAUGCUCCUGUUACUGAUCAGACACGUAUGCACAGACGGAACACCAGAUCAGCCAGAUACCAGAAUAACAGCUAAGACUGGAGAGAAUGUGACUCUCAGAUGUAAAAUGAAUUUAACAUCUGACAUUAAAACCAUUUUCUGGAUUAGGAUGAAACAACCAGAAGAGCUCGAAUAUGUCCUGGGAACUUUUAAACAUUCAACAACAUUUGCACAAUAUGAUGGUUUAAGUGAACAACGAUUCAAAGCGAUCAACAACAAUGGAACAUAUCAUUUGCAAAUUUACAAUUUACAAGAUUCAGAUUCAGGCAUUUAUUAUUGUGGCUAUUGUUCAACACUUGUUGUGAAGUUUGGCAGUGGGACACCUUUGAAUAAAGAAGAAAGUGAAUCAAGGCUUCAAGACAGCACAGGCAACACCACAGCUUGUGACAUAUUCUCUGAAAAAGAGACCUUGAUAGGUUAUGUGGUUGGGUUGGGAGUGGUGUUAAGUGUGUGUGUUGCUGUGAUGAUAUUCCUAAUUGUUUCCCGAUUGAGAAGACCUGUGUGUGAACACUGCAAAGAGAGCGCUCAAAAUCAAACUCUGCACUGUAACAACUCCGUGGUGGAGGAAACUCGGGAGAGUGAUGCUGAGAGAAUGAACUACGCUGCUUUGGAUUUUUCGAAAAGAAAACACAAGGGAACAAAGAACAAGGAGCUGAACCACCCAGAAGUUGUUUACUCUGAUGUAAAACGUGAAAGAAAGCAAAGACUGAAGACUGGAAACUCAUGUACUGAGACAUUUCAUCAUGAUCAAAUGUUCUAUUGAUUACAGCUGUUGCAGGUAAAUUGGAGAUAGGAGGGGGCGGGGGGCUUGCAUUAAGGAUGCUGAGGGGACCGGGCUCCAGCAAGAAUGUAAAAGUCAGGAAGAUGGGAUGUAGCCUGUGUUCUGCCAAGUACAAUAGCGCUCUGUAACCGCAUCAAGGGCGGCUGUGUGUCACGCAGCUAACAGUCUCAGCAGAGGCAUCACUGCCUGUUUGUUCAUUUUGUUUAUUCUACCACCUCAGUACCCCCUUUAUAGGGCCCCAGCCUAUUCAGUGUGAUGGUUAGUCAUUGCAUCUUUAUUGGAGUAAUGUUAAUCUAAAGGGAAACCUGAGGUGCACUUGAGCAGGAGCAAGACAGGAAGAAUCUGGCCAGGUGUUCUGUACACACACAUCUCAGCUCAAUGUUCCCAGUGUUAGCGAGAAGCAAAUAGCGUUAGCUAGCUUCACACACCUCCAUGCACCAAGCUGUGGGCAGUAGCCUCUGCAUGAAUUAGUGUUUUAAUUAGUGAAUUAUUGUUUUAUUGACAUAGAUUUGUAAUAGCCUACAUUAUGACUAUCUGACCCAUUUCCCGAUGAAUUCUUUAGUGAUGUUUGUAAACCGCUGUGCCUGCUUGGUUUGUGUUGAUUAAAGCUUGUUAUUUGA